AUGACGCUUGGCGCGAUGUACGCGCUUGCUGCUGUCGGCCUGUCGCUGAUCUUCGGCACGCUGGGCAUGUUCAACAUGGCGCACGGCCUGUUCAUGACGAUCGGCGCCUAUGCGGCCUACGCCGCCGCCGGGCAGCUCGGCCUGCCGCUGGUCGCCGCGGUUGUUGCGGCAAUGGCGGCCGGCGCGGCGAUGGGUGUCGCAACGCACCUUGCGAUGGUGCGAUUCAUGCUGCGCUCCAAGGCGUUCGAGACCAAUGUCAUCGUCGCGACGGCCGGUCUUGCCAUCCUGUUGCAGGACUUUGUCCUGAAACUGUUCGGCGGCUAUCCCUAUCCGCAGCCGGUGCGCGUCGAGGGCGUCGUGCGCCUGUUCGAUGUGGCCGUCGCACGGCAGUCGCUGGUGAUCGUCGCGGUUGCGCUGGUGCUGAUCGGCGCGGUUGCCUGGCUGCUUUUGAAGACGCGCUUCGGCAUGGCCAUCCGCGCCACCGCGAUCAACCGCGAGGCGGCGCAGUUGAUGGGCGUGCGCACCAACAGCGUCUAUCUGCAGGUGAUGGCGCUGGCCGGCGCGCUCGCCGGCGUCGCCGGCGUGAUGAUUUCGUCCCUGUCGACGCUGUCGCCGUCGAUGGGCGGCGAUCCGCUGCUCAAGGCGUUCGUGAUCUGCGUGGUGGCAGGCCUCGGCAAUGCGUGGGGCGCCGGCGUUGCCGCGUUCGCGCUGGGGCUGCUGGAAGCGGCGAUCCAGUAUUAUGUCGGCGUGCGGUUCGGCUUUCCGGUCAUGCUUUUGCUGGUGAUCGCCAUCCUCAUCUGGCGUCCGCAAGGCCUGUUCGGCACGGAAAAGUUGAACAAGCAUCUGGCGAUUGCGCUGGUGAUUGCCGUGGGCUUUGCCGCCGUGCCGCUGUUCGUCGGCGAGCGCUAUCUUCUGGGCGAGGUCAUCGUCUUCUUCAUCUGGGCGAUGGUGGCGAUGAACUGGAAUCUUUUGAUGGGCCAUGCGGGCGUCUUCUCACUGGCGCAACUGCUGUUCUUCGCGUGCGGCGCCUAUGGCGUGGCGAUGGGCACGCAACUGGCGGGCCUGUCGAUCUGGCUGGCGAUCCCGCUGGCUGCCUUUGCCGCCAUGGUGCUGGCGCUGUUGAUCGGGUUGGCCUGCCUGCGGCUGACCGGCGCCUAUGUCGCGCUGUUGACCUUCGCCAUCGCCGAGAUGGUGCGCAUCCUGAUCGUCACCGACACGCACUGCUUCGCGCUGAUCCAGAACAAUUGCCAGCAAUUGUUCGGCGGAUCGACCGGCUUUUCGCGCUUUUCCGAUUUCGGGUUCCGGCCGAUCCUGCGCGGCGACUGGAUCGUCGGCCAUUACUAUGUCGUCUGGGCCGUCUUCGUGCUGAGCCUUGUCGCGCUCGUCGUCAUCAUUCACGGACGGCUGGGUCUGGCGUUCCGCGCCAUCCGCGACAAUGUCGGCUACGCGUCGAGCCGCGGCAUCGACCGGCAGCGCUACCAGUUGAUCGCCUUUGCCAGUUCGGCGCUUCUGACCGGCCUCGCCGGUGCCGUCUAUGCCGGCCAUUUCCGCUUCGCCGGUCCCUCCCUGUUCGAGUUCUCGACGCUGAUGUUCGUGCUCGCCAUGGUGAUCGUCGGCGGGCUGGGAUCGACAUGGGGACCGCUGGUCGGCGCCGGCGUGAUGAUGAUCGUCGUCGAAUUCGCCAAGGAACUGGGCGACGCGCGGUCGAUCGUCCUGGGUCUUUCGAUCGUCCUGUUCGUCGUCUUCCUGCCCAAAGGCAUCGCCGGCGGGGUCGGCGGGCUGCGCGCCAUCAUCUCCCGGCCGAUCGUCUACACCGAAGAGCACCGCAAACGCAGCGCCAGGACCGAACUCUAUGGCGGACAGCUGGUGCCGCCGUUCGAGUGUCCCGAGCGGAUCGACUUCAUUCUGGCCGACGCGGAAAAGCGCGGCUUCGGCGCCAUCGUGCCGCCGCGCGCGCACGGCAUGGCGCCGGUGCUCGCGGUGCACGAUGCGGGUUAUGCGGCGUUUCUGGAAAACGCUUGGGCCAACUGGAGCGCGCUCGGCCAUCAGGGAGAGGCGAUCGUGACGGUCUGGCCGGCGCGCACCAUGCGCCCGGAUCGCAUCCCGGCCCAUUUCGAAGCGCAGCUGGGCUAUUAUUGCCUUGCGUCGGAGACCUCGAUCUCGGACGGCACAUGGGAGGCGGCGCUGGCGUCCAAGGACGUGGCGCUGACGUCGGCCGACCUUGUGAUCGGCGGCGCACGCACGGCGUUCGGCCUGUGCCGUCCGCCGGGCCACCAUGCGGCGACCGACCAGUAUGGCGGUUACUGCUUCUUCAACAAUGCGGCGAUCGCCGCGCAGCAUGCGCGCGACAAGGGCAUCGAACGGGUCGCGAUCCUCGAUGUCGACUUUCACCAUGGCAACGGCACGCAGGAGAUCUUCUACGACCGCGACGAUGUGCUGUUCAUUUCGCUGCAUGGCGACCCCGAUCAGGCGUUUCCGCAUUUCCUUGGCUUUGCCGACGAGACGGGCAGCGGCGCCGGCGAGGGCUUCAACCUCAACCUGCCCAUGCCGCCGGGAACCGGGUUCGAUGUCUGGCGCGCCGCGCUCGGCAAGGCGAUGGAGCGCAUCGCGCGUUUCGAUCCCGGCCUCGUCAUCGUCUCGCUGGGCCUUCUUCAAGCUGACAUCGAAUGA